CUCUGGCAAAAGGGAGAGAACGGAGGACUGGAGAGGCAGAGGGGGUGAAGUUCAAGUGUAGGUUUUCUCCUUGAACCUAGAAGAUUAUGGGUCAGGAGCUGUGUGCAAAGACUCUACAGCCUGGAUGCAAUUGCUGUCAUUCGGAGGGAGGCGAGGUACACAGCUGUGAAAGGACUCAGCCUGUGACGAUGGAGGCUGCAGUCGAGCUAACAGACCUAAAAGAAGCAUCAUGUUCUAUGACUUCACUUCACCCCAGGGGACUUCAGGCUGCCCAGGCCCGGAAGUUUAACAGUAAAAGGCCACGGAAUAACAGUGAUUCUUUUCAGGAAGAGGAUCUGAGGCAGAGUUUUCAGUGGAGGAAGAGUCUCCCUUUUGGGGCAGCCUCAUCUUACUUGAACUUGGAGAAACUGGGUGAAGGUUCUUAUGCUACAGUUUACAAGGGGAUUAGCAGGAUAAAUGGACACUUAGUAGCUUUAAAAGUCAUCAGCGUGAACGCAGAGGAAGGAGUCCCAUUUACAGCUAUUCGGGAAGCUUCUCUCCUGAAGGGUUUAAAACAUGCCAAUAUUGUGCUUCUGCAUGACAUCAUUCACACCAAAGAGACACUGACUUUCGUGUUUGAAUACAUGCACACAGAUCUGGCCCAGUAUAUGUCUCAGCACCCAGGAGGGCUUCAUCGUCACAAUGUCAGACUUUUCAUGUUUCAACUUUUGCGGGGCCUGGCAUACAUCCACCACCAACACGUUCUUCACAGGGACCUGAAACCUCAGAACUUACUCAUCAGUCACCUGGGAGAGCUCAAACUGGCUGAUUUUGGUCUUGCUCGGGCCAAGUCCAUUCCCAGCCAGACAUAUUCUUCAGAAGUUGUGACCCUCUGGUACCGCCCUCCAGAUGCCUUACUGGGAGCCACAGAAUAUUCCUCUGAGCUGGACAUAUGGGGUGCAGGCUGCAUCUUUAUUGAAAUGUUCCAGGGUCAACCUUUGUUUCCUGGGGUUUCCAACAUCCUUGAACAGCUGGAGAAGAUCUGGGAGGUGUUGGGAGUCCCCACCGAGGAUACUUGGCCUGGAGUCUCCAAGCUACCUAACUACAAUCCAGAAUGGUUCCCGCUGCCUAAGCCCCAGAGCCUUCGGAUGGUCUGGAACAGGUUGGGCAGAGUUCCUGAAGCUGAAGACUUGGCCUCCCAAAUGCUGAAGGGCUUUCCUCGAGACCGGGUCUCCGCCCAGGAAGCACUUGUUCACAAUUAUUUCAGUGCCCUGCCAUCUCAGCUGCACCACCUUCCCAAUGCGCAAAGCAGCUGUGAUAAUUAUGCUGUCAGAUUCAGUAAGCUAAUGAGUCACCACAGUGGAAGGUUUUGCAUUUGUGAGAUUGCUGGAGAGUCGCUCCGCUGCUUUUUUUUUUCUUUCUUUCUUUCUUUCUUUUUCUUUUUCUUUUUCUAUGAGUUGGGAAGGAGAGUGUGCAGUCCACGGCCAGAUUGGAAUCCUUUUGAUUAACUGGUUGCUUUCCCAGCACUGUUCUGCCAGAUAAUGUUUCUCUCUCUCUCUCCUCUCUCUCUGCCUGGGAGCUGCUGCUUUUGAGAGGCAAGGAAACCUUAGGAAAAGCCCAGCCCUUCGUGCCACUAUCCCCAAGGCAAGAGAAUACUUCUCCGUGAGAGAAGUUCCCAAGAUGGUUUGGACUUGAGUUGAUUCAAGAGUGAUCUUUAAAGUUUACACGCUGUUUCUUUUAGGCAGGCAACU